CAGGAAAAUAAGGUUGUCACAUUUUUCCGCUUUGGUUCAGCUUGAGCUUUGGUUUAGGCUAUGUCCUAAUGAGGAAUCCUCUUCGCAGUUCUUGUUUGUUAGUCAAGGCAAUGACCUCCACGGGCCAGCCGAAGACAGCAGUUAGAGACAGGCCGCAGGUGAGCGUUUUAGCAUGCCCUCUCUUGCUGCCUCACGAUAUUGACACAGGGUCAGCCUUCGUCCAUCCCCACUGCACCUACCACAGCCUGGGACACUGUCUGUGCACAAACAUCUUUCCAGGAGCUCCUCUGGUGUGGAAGUCCCUGGUAAAAGAGUCCUACAACGGUCCCCCCUUGCCCGCUCGUCCUACAGACCCCCAGCGUUGGUACGGCCGCAGGACUGAAGACAUGGUUAGACAGUGGUGGUAAUGAUGUGGUCCAUGCUUCACCUGCUGUUCCUGCUCUCUGUGCCACCAGGCUUCACUCACAACCUCCAAGGACUGUUUUGUGUGAAUGACUACAUCAACAACAUCACCUGUAUGUGGAACAGCUCGGGAAUAGAUCCAGACGUGGUCUGCCAACUCCUCGGUACAAGAGAACACCGUAAUGGCAAACUUCUCCAGACUAGUUGCGAUCUCAAACCCUUGGAUAGGCCGGGGCAAGGUCAUUCUUUCAGAGGCUGCAGUUUUGUCUUUGCGAGCCAUUAUUUCAGUUCAGCCGAGCAGCUCCCCAGCAUUAAGGUGGAGUGUAACAGGUCUGAGGUGGUAAACCUCCUAAAAUACACACCUAUCAAGCACAUUAAGAUGCAUCCUCCUGGUAUCCCGGUCAUCAUCAAUGGGACUAAUGCCACCUGGAGUGCUGGUAGUCCGCUGUCUAAGAAGAUCUAUGAAUAUGAGUUCCAGGUGAAGGUGAAAAGGGAAGACCAGCUAUGGAAGGAAGCCCAGAGUUUGACCAGACUAAAGCAAGAACUGUGGAUGGAGCUGGGUGUGGAGGAGAGUGGGAUUCAUCACAUCAGGGUGAGAGUCAAGCCGACCCUACCCGCCUCUACCCACUGGAGUGACUGGAGCCCAACUGCCUCCUGGACAUCAGAGGGCGAGGUCUCACCAACCUUUGUGAAGUUCCCGGACCUGACUUUGUGGCUGGUGUUGAGUAGUGUGUUUUUCACUCUCAUCGUUGUCAUGUUGCUUGUCUUCUACAAAACUCACACAAACAAUAGGAAACACCAGUAUGUGCCUGACCCCGCCAAGUACUUCCAGCCAUUUAACUCUGUCCACGGUGGAAACUUUCAGAAAUGGCUGAGCCCCUUGUUUUCUCCAGAGUCCUUCAUCACCUCCCAGCCCAGCGAGGACAUCUCCCCCGUGGAGGUGUCUGGAACAGAAGUCUCGGACGUCACCGACUCCACCAGCUCCACCACCGCAGCCUUCCUCCUACACUCUGACCCCAAUACCCCCUCUGAUGGCUGGAACAGCAGCGGCCAGUCCUCCUGCUUCUCCAACAUCGGCUACUUCUACCACAACUACCCCAGCAGCCUCCGCAUCGAGUCUUGCCCCGUCUACUUCAUCUACCCGGGGGACCACAGCUCCCUCUCCCCCACCACCACCUCCUCCUCCUAUGAGCGCCUGGAGCGUCUCUAUCAGCUGCAGAGGGAGCCCCAGAGCCCAGACUCUGGGUUCGGCAUGGGUGUAGAGUGGGAGGACCAGGUGCUGGAGGAAGGAAAGGGUAAGAAGGAAAGGGAUGUGGUUCCAGUUGACCAUCAUUCACCCCCUCCUCUUGUCCUACCAGUCUCCCUGCCUGCUCGUAUCCCUCCAGGCCCUCACCAUCCCCUGAGUCUCCCCCAACUCCCACUUCAUAAUCCUGAGUCAAACUCUGCCAUGGCGCCUAGUGGCAGUUACAAUGCCUGGCCAGUAGAGGCUGUUCUAGGCAGAUCCUCCUCAAUGACAGUGGAACCCACUUGUAGUGGCUAUUUGACCAUUAAAGAGCUGCAGAAUACCUACAGCAACAAGUCCAUUUGAACAAUCAAUUUUUCACUCAAUUUACAUUUUAGUUAAGCUGUUGAACUUAUUCUUUGUGCAAACUAUGACACAAGGCUCAGAUAAUGCAGGUACAAAGUGCCAACUAAUGAUUUUUACAAGGAAAGUAUGGUAGUUCUAAAUAUGUAGCUUAUUCGUAUUUUAUAUACAUUUUAUAUAUUACUUGUAUUACUAUUGAGGCAGCAGGUUUGCCAAUGCAUUGUUACUUUAUCUCAGAUAGUUAGUGCUGCUAGUUGUAUUUGUCUUUAAAUGCAUUCACUGACAGCUUGUUUGUAGAAAGACCUGAAUAAAACCUCUGACAGAAGAGAAGUGGGUCAGCCUUAAA